CUUGAUCUUCCGACUUUCCUGAGGCAAACAGUGAAUCUCUCUGUUAGCCAAGGAACUAACAACGCGCGCGCAUUCCGUAAAGUUUUACUUCAUAGAAAGCUCAGUAAUGCGCCAGAGUACUAACGCGCGAUAUUUACUGGUAUGCGCGCUGAUACAUGCCGCGCAAAUUAUGCAAAUAUUGAGCGACAGGGAUGCCAACAUGAUGAAGAAUUACGAGAUUUUACCAAUUGAUAAAUAUACUUCGGUGGCAAAGAAACGACAAUUUCCAAACGGAAAAGUCGUAGUUAACUGUGACUUUGAGACUGAUUGGUGUGGUUUUCGAAACCAAAAACAUUACGAUCAGUUUGACUGGACAAAAACAAGCAGAAAUACGCCAAGUUCAGGGACUGGCCCAGAACAUGAUUUGUCUGGAAAAGGCUCGUUUAUUUACAUCGAGACUUCAUCGCCACGACGCAUUAACGACACUGCAAGAUUACUCAGCCCAAAUAUUCCACCCAUGAUAUAUUGUUUACGUUUUGGAUUCCACGCAAGAGGAGAGACUAUUGGUGCGCUUGUGGUAUCUAAAAGAGAUCUCGAUGGCAGCCAAAUAAGGAUACUGACAAUUAAUCGACAAUAUGGAGAAAGUUGGCAGUUCGUUACCGCACAAGUUUUGCAUCAUUCUCGUUUUAAGUUAUCGUUUGAAGGAAUUCGUGGAACAUCAUACAGCGGAGAUAUCGGUCUGGAUAACAUCACAUUGACCGAGGGAAGAUGUGAAAAUAUCAGCCGAAACAAUGAAGAUGAAUGUGGUAUUGGCUAUCCAGGAUUAGGUGAAAAUGCAAAUCCUGUGCAUACCUGGCCUUGGCUAGUGUGGUUGUCCCACAGCAGCGAGUUACAACCAUCGUGUCCCGGCGUUCAACUCGGCCGUCACUGGAUACUCACAACUCGGGAAUGUGAGAGAAUUUACAAUGGCCAUAAAGUUAACAAGAGUAAAAGGAGACGUUUUGCCGAAACAUUACAGACUGCUGUUCUUUUAAACAUAAGCACUUCAGCCUCAUCAAGAGUGAAAGACAACGUCUGCCUUCCUGCAUCAAUUCCGUUGCAAAAUCGUGUAACAAGCUGCUACCUAUUGGGGAUCCCAAGCAUUAGCUAUGAAAAACGUUUGGUGGAAUUCCCUGCAAUUAUUCUGUCUACAAGAAAGUGCCAAUAUAGAACAGCCUCUGCAACAAACAAUGAUCUUACACGGUCGGUUAGUACCCAAAUCGAAAUUAUUCGUAAAUGCAUGUGUUUAUCUUGA